CUUCCCGUCAGCAGCUCGAGCUUCCAGGAGAAAGGGGCGAGUCGGCUGAAGUCGGUUCUCACAUGUACAAAUCCGAUUUCUCUGUCCAGUUACUUAAAACUGAAAUAGAGUGAAAGGAAAAGCGGAUAAGUCGGAAGUGCCCUUGGUUCAGCCCAGUUGCCAUGGAGACUAAUAGUAACAAUUUUGAUGCACUCCAGGAGUUGAAGGACAUGGCUACUUUAGCCAAGCUGAUGGCGCGGGCACCCUUUCUAGAAAGUCAGUACUACUUUAGGAACCGCGCCGUUGAUUCAUUUAGGAAAUUCGAGAAUGAUGCAGCUGUGACCAUCCAGAGCUGGUUCCGAGGGUGCCAAGUCCGGGCCUACAUGAGGCACUUGAACAGAGUAGUGACAAUCAUUCAAAAGUGGUGGAGAAGCUACUUAGGCAGAAAAUAUUACCAACUUAUUGUUGAGGCAGCAUAUUAUACUAUGAAGAUGAAUCUCUACAAUGAAAUGGCUGUCAGGAUUCAGAGACGAUGGCGUGGCUUUAGGAUCCGGAAAUAUUGCUUUAAUUAUUAUUAUUUGAAGGAAUAUUUAAGAGCUGUUUCAGAAACCAAUGAUGCAAUUAGGGAGGCUUUGGAGGAGUUCGCAGAAAUGAAAGAGAGAGAAGAGAGAAAGGUUCUCCUGGAACGAGAGGAGAAGCAAAAAGAUUACCAAGCCCGCAAGAUGCAUUACCUGCUCAGCACAAAGCAGAUUUCAGGUGUAUACAAUUCACCAUUCCGAGAACAUCCUGACCCAUGGGAACUGCGGCUGCAGAAGGCAAAGCCUUUGGAUCACCAGAAGAGCACUGCAGAAAAGGACAAGUUGCCCCGCAGCCUCAGUGGCUGGCUGGCGUGCACCAGCGCCCGCUCCUUCCCGCAAUCAGAGAGUCUGCCGCCUAUCGACAGGAAGCGGUACCAGGGACCCUUCCGAGACAUCAGGGAAGUCUUGGAACAGCGUUACAAGCCUUUGGAGCCUACCCUGAGAGUGGCAGAACCCAUCAACCACCUUCACCUGGCCAGAGAGGCAUUCAAGCAAGGGGAACGCAUGCGCAACAUUCAAGACAAGAUGUUUUUGCCAUUUUCUUCCUACCAUAAAAAGGAGAAGUACAUCCCAAUGAUUCACACAUCAAGUGCGUAUAAUUCUGACUCUUAUGGACAGAGGCACUUUCGCAGUCAAGAUCCUAAGAAGUGGAUCUCUGACAAGGAUUUUCAGACUGUUCUGCCAUCAUUUGAACUCUUCUCAAAGUAUGGAAAGUUAUAUUCCAAAGCUGGAGAAAUUGUAUAAAGAGAACAGAAGACAAAAUGUGGAAAUGAGGAUAAGAUGAAGUGAGCAUGAAAUGGAAGAUGCCACUGCCCAGAGUUCCAGAC